GAGUAUAACUACUUUUUCACCAUUUUGUUUCCCCCAAGCCUAAAAAUAAGUAAGAACUAGAGUAAGCUAUUUUCAUAAAAAUUUAGGAACAUUAAUGAACACAUUGACGGCUUUAUGUAAUAACUGGAGAAUUUAGAUGAUGAUUUAAAUCCACUCCCCACCAAAGAUUUCUUCUCCUAAUUUUAUAUACUACCAAAUAUUUUCAAACAAAUAACACAAGAAUGUGCUUUUCAAAAAUACAAAGGGGGUAUUAUCAUUCCAUCAUAAACAUUUGAGUAAUAAGUUAUAAAUAAAAUCACAGAAAAAGAUGGUACCUGGUUAUGACUAUUAAUAUAUAUUUAAGACAAAGAGUUUAUUUUUCAAUAAGAAAACAAGGAAAAAGCCCAACAUGAUCUUGUAUGCCUGCCCAACAGAACUUUCCACCAUAAUUAGUGCUUCCCACCUCUGGAGGGAGGGGCUUACAUUCAGGGUAACCUCAUGUAGUCAGGGGAACACAGUAUAAAUACUGCAGGACAGCUCUGUGGAAGGCAUCUUCUGCACUGCUCACCUGGGCAGGAAGGCUCAGGAAGCUGUGAAGAAACCAUCCCCAGGAACUCCUAGCCCCCAGGAUCCAUCUGAGAACAUGCUGCCACAAACAGCCCUUGUGCUGCUACUGACCUUGAACUUGGUUCAUGGCGAGUUUUAUGCUGAGAGGUAUCAAACACCUACAGGCAUAAAAGGGCCACCACCCAACAUCAAGACCCGGUUCUUCAUUCCCUAUGCCAUAAAGAGUAAAGGUGUAUCAGUGAGAGGAGAACAAGGUGUUCCUGGUCCACCAGGCCCCAGUGGACCUCGAGGGCACCCAGGACCAUCUGGACCACCAGGAAAACCAGGUUAUGGAAGCCCUGGACCCCAAGGAGAGCCAGGGUUGCCAGGACCACCAGGACCAUCAGCCACUGGGAAGCCAGGUGUGCCAGGACUCCCAGGAAAACAAGGGGAGAGAGGACCAUAUGGACCAAAAGGAGACAUUGGACCAGCUGGUUUACCAGGACCACGGGGCCCACCCGGGCCACCUGGAAUCCCCGGCCCGGCUGGAAUUUCUGUUCCAGGAAAACCUGGACAACAGGGACCUACAGGAGCCCCAGGACCCAGAGGCCUUCCUGGAGAAAAGGGUGCACCAGGUGUCCCUGGUAUGAACGGACAGAAAGGGGAAACGGGAUAUGGUGCUCCUGGUCGCCCAGGUGAGAGAGGCCUUCCAGGCCCACAGGGUCCCAUGGGACCACCCGGCUCUCCUGGAGUGGGAAAAAGAGGUGAAAAUGGGUUUCCAGGACAGCCAGGCACCAAAGGUGAUCAGGGCAUUCCGGGAGAAAGGGGACCAAUUGGCCCACCAGGUCCCCAAGGUCCUCCUGGGGAACAAGGACCAGAAGGCAUUGGAAAGCCAGGCGCCCCUGGAGCUCCAGGCCAGGCAGGGAUUCCAGGAACAAAAGGACACCCUGGGGCUCCAGGAAUAGCUGGGCCACCAGGGGCUCCUGGCUUUGGGAAACCAGGCUUGCCAGGCCUGAAGGGGCAAAGAGGACCUAUUGGCCUUCCAGGAAGUCCAGGUGCCAAAGGGGAGCAAGGCCCAGCAGGUCAUCCUGGGGAGCCAGGUCUGACUGGACCCCCUGGAAAUAUGGGACCCCAAGGACCAAAAGGCAUCCCAGGCAACCAUGGGAUCCCAGGCCCUAAAGGUGAGACAGGGCCAGUGGGGCCUGCAGGACAGCCUGGGGCUAAGGGAGAAAGGGGUUUCUCUGGGUUAGAUGGAAAACCAGGGUACCCAGGAGAACCAGGUCUCAAUGGUCCUAAGGGUAACCCAGGGUUGCCAGGCCCAAAAGGUGAGCCUGGAAUUGGAGGACCUCCUGGUCUCCCAGGCCCUGUGGGCCCAGUAGGAGCUAAGGGAGUGCCUGGAAACAAUGGUGAGGCUGGUCCAAGAGGUGCCCCUGGAAUACCAGGUACCAGAGGUCCCAUUGGGCCACCAGGCAUUCCAGGAUUCCCUGGACCUAAAGGUGAUCGAGGAACUCCAGGUCUUCCUGGUCCAGCUGGCAUAGCAACUAAGGGACUCAAUGGACCCACUGGGCCACCAGGGCCUCCAGGUCCAAAAGGCCAUGCUGGAGAACCUGGCCUCCCAGGUCCCCCAGGCCCCCCAGGCCCCCCAGGCCAAGCAGUUGUGCCUGAGGGCUUUAUAAAGGCAGGCCAAAGGCCUCUUGUUAGUGCCAACCAGGGUGUAACAGGAAUGCCUGUGUCUGCUUUCACUGUUAUUCUCUCCAAAGCUUACCCAGCAAUAGGUGCUCCUAUCCCCUUUGAUAAGAUUGUGUAUAACAGGCAACAGCAUUACGACCCAAGAACUGGAAUCUUUACCUGCAGGAUACCAGGAAUAUACUAUUUCUCCUACCACGUGCAUGCGAAAGGGACCCAUGUUUGGGUGGGCCUGUAUAAGAACGGCACCCCAGUAAUGUACACCUAUGAUGAAUAUAUCAAAGGCUACCUGGAUCAGGCUUCAGGGAGUGCCGUCCUCGAUCUCACAGAAAAUGACCAGGUGUGGCUCCAGCUGCCCAAUGCCGAGUCGAAUGGCCUGUACUCCUCAGAGUACGUCCACUCCUCUUUCUCAGGAUUCUUAGUGGCUCCCAUGUGAGCCCGUUCCCACUGAGCUAAUACAAAUCUGCUCGAAAAGGCGCUUCCCAACCCACCCCGCCCCACAAAACGCAUAUGGAGGUAGGCUGAAAAAAAAGCGACUCAUUUUAAUUCUCCAAAAUACAGAUGUGAGCUUUCAGACCAACACAAUUCCCCCUGAAAAAGUGAACAGCAAUGUUAAUUAAACAAUACAUGAAGAUCCUCUCGAUUUCUAGUCAGUAAUCCUAGGACCCCUGAAAGUUUUCCGUGAACUUCUUCAGUAUUUAAGUUUCACUAUAAAAGUCCUGUUAGGCUAAAAAAUAAAAUGAUCGGAAAAAAAUUUGAAAUAUGACACUAAAUUAGAUUUCAGAAACUCAGCAUUUCCUUGUAAAAUAAGCCUGUUUUUAACCAUUAACAGGAGACCUUCCAGGGAACAUUCAGGAGGAAUCAUGUCUUUAGAGGACUUAAAUACUUGAAUAUUGAAAUUUAAAAGAUACUGUAUACCCUAUGAUAUUUCUGAUGGUGCAUUACUCACAGGUUUACAUGGCUCCCUUCAUCAAGAUCUAUUCAAAUAUAUAGGUGCAGACUGACUUUUUUCUAGCUCUUACAAAAAAACAAAAUAUGUUAAAAUUAAUCUGAAAUGCAAAGUGCUUUAGUCGUGAACUUUUUCAAACUUUCCUGUGAUUGCAGAAAAGUUUUCUAUAUACCCUUCACAACUUGGAAAUAGACGUCUGACCUAUUUUACUGAUUUAACACAAGUACGAUUACUUUGAUUUAAUUCCUUAUUGAGUCUUAUGUCAUGUGACUUUGUGGGUUUACAGAAUAUUUGGGUAUUUACCUUGUGCACCUCAUUCCAGUGAAUCAUAACUAAUGUCAAGGGUUUCAAAAUCUGACUAGAAAUGAAAAGACAUUAUUUAUUUAUGCUCUGUACUGUAUUUUUAUGUUGCUGUUUCAAACUUAUAAGCUGUGCCUCAUUUAUUAAUGCACGAAAUGUGUUACCUACUCCUUAUUUACAAUGCAAUAAAAUAACAUCAAUAGA